ACAUCUGAUCACUUACUCCGAUUUCUCUCUCUACCCCCCCCCUCCCCCCCCCCCUCUCUGUUACAUACACAAACAUAUUCUUGAAGGACAUACAUACAUAUUUAUGUAUCUAAUUAUCAACACCAUGUCUUAUGAAAAACAAUCAAUUCACAUCAAGUUUUAACCUUUAUCGAAAACCCGCCAACAAGAAUUCAUUUUGAUCAAAAGGGUAUAAUCUUUUUCAAAAAAAGAUGAAAAUUCGAGGGUUUUUGAUCAAAAACCGAGUUGUUUCAAUUUUCCGGCGACUUCACCGGAGAAACCAGCCAUCAUCCGCCGGUUACCGGCGGCUAGACCGGUCUCCAACAUCCAUAUCAAAGUUUCUCAAAUGGGGUUGCCGGUUAAAGACAAAAGCAAUAGCCGGUUUUCAAAAAAACCCGGUUCUUGAGAAGUUUUCGGCCCCGCCGCGUGCGGCGGUGCCGAAGGGGAAGAUGGCGGUGUACGUCGGUCAGAAAGAUGGAGAUUUUAAGAGGGUGUUGGUGCCGGUGAUAUAUAUUAAUCAUCCGUUGUUUGGACAGUUGUUGCGGGAUGCGGAGGAGGAGUAUGGGCAUGAUCAUCCCGGCGGGAUCACCAUACCGUGCCGGUUUUCGGAUUUUGAGAGUGUGAAGUCCAGGAUUGCCGCCGUGUGCGGUUGCCGGAAGUUGCUGACGUGGCAACGCCGGUGAUGAUGAUGAUGAUGAUAAAUAUAAUAGGUUUUUUUAGGUUUUUGAGAGGUGUUAAGUUUAGGUUAAAUGUUUUAACGUAUAUGUAACAUGCAGGAUUUUAAAUGUAUUAAAGUUGGUUUUUUUUUUUUU